AUGGACCAGAAAGAUCGGCCUUCGUCGAAAAUUGUGUUUCAAUUUGUGUCGGCCAACGAAGGUACCGUAAUCGACGCGAUCGAUUUGACUGGUAGUGAAGAUGUGUCACAGUAUGACAGUCCUUACAAGACUAAGUUGUUUGAUGUCAAUCUUAUGGUAUGUUACCCCCUAUCUUUACAAAACUCUAUCCUAUCUUCAAAACUCUAGUUUUACCCUUACUCAUCUACUGACAUACCCUACCGUACUCUACCGUAUUCUACCCCUUACUAUACCUACAGUAUACCAACUCAUUCUAUAUACAGUAUACCAACUAAUGCUAUCUAACAUUACAGGUCUAUAUCAGAGUGAUCUCAGUGGUGCAGCUCAUAACGACCUUGUUGAUCUUUUUGUCAUGGAACAGAGACCCUUUCCUGAGGAAGGACCACUACAACUUCAUUGGUAUCUUACCCACAGUAACAUGUUUUUACACUGCUUUUGUCGUAUUUGUCAAGAAAACUUUGAUUCAACUUGAAGAUCUGCCAUUGAUUACUGUAAGUUGUGUGUGGAAGGGAGGGGGGGUGGAAGGGUAUACUGUAAGGAAUGAUGGAGGGUGGAGUAGAGAAUCUGGCUAUAUCUAACUUGUGUACGGCCGAAUUGCAACUUAUUAAAACUUAUGUACGGGCGAAUUGAAACAUAACUAAACUUACGUACGGGCGAAUUGCAAUUAACUAAACUUAUGUACGGCCGAAUUACGACCAUAUCGAACUUAUCUACGAUAGGUAAUGUAACCCUUAUUCAAAAAAAUUAGGUUAAUUUAAAUAAAGGCGGGGUAAAAAAGUGGAAAAAAUUAGGGAAUGGUAAAUUUUUUUACUGUUGUAGGGUGGAUAGACAAAAUUAGGGCAGGUAGUACUGUAUAAUACCGUAAGUUUCAGCUCUACGCCUUCACAUCGGCAAUAGUCUGGUCUUUGAUAUACCUAAAGUGCUAUGUGGCCAUCUUUUUUCUUGGAUUACAUUUACUGGCAACAUAUGUAUUCACUACAAUUACUGCGUCGUACUUGGAGACUGGAUAUUGUUGUUUUUCGUUGAUGGAGGACAAGGAUGAAUUCAAGUUUUUCUAUUGGCAUCGACUGUUCUUGCCCAAUAUGAACAAAUCUAUGCCUCAGAAGUUCAAAUUGGUACGUUUGGGACAUGUUAUACGAUGAAAGUGACAAGUUAUACGAAGAAAGGGACAUAUUAUACGAUGAAACAUGUAUUUUUGUAACUGGACAUGUUUCAUCGUAUAAAAUGUCUUUUAUUUUAAAAAUAUUUUAGGUUAUGGCCAUAAACUGUAGUGUGUUCUCAUUUCUCUUUAUUAUCACUCAAAUGUUAUAUUGGCACAGCCAAGGUGCGGCUUUAUGGGUCUUCGUACUGUUGACAGUACUAUUCGCCAAAAUUUAUGAAUUUAAAUUCUUCAUUGGCGGAAUGAAGAGCGGCUUCUUGUAUACUAUGGUAAAUCAUAGCCUCCUUACAAUACCCUACCCUACCCUAUUCUACCUUACCCGACCCUACCCUAACCUACCCUACCGUAACCGACCCUACGUUAAACGCUCCUACCAGAAUCAACCAUACCUGUUUUACCAUAUUAUGUCAUACUGUAUUAUAAUAUACCCUACUGUAACCAACUCUACCGUAUUCUUUUCUAUCGAACUUGACUUUACUCUAUCCUACUAUUUCAUGCCAUACCUUAUCGUAACCGCUUCUACUGUAACCAAUCCUAUGUUAAGCGAUCUUACUGUAAUCGAUCAUAUCAUAUCAUACCCCGUCAUACUAUGCUAUACCGUACUCUAGCGUAUCCCAUCCUACCGUACUUGAUCUUACUCUACUUAUUGUAAACGAAAAGCUACCCUACCACAUUAUAUUAUACCUUACAUUACCGUAACCGUAACCGACUCUACUGUAACAGACCUUAUCUUACCCUACCCCACCGUGUUUUACCCUACCCUUACCAUUUUUCUGCUAUGGCGUAUCUGACUCUACCGUACGCUCUACCGUAUAUACAAUAUUUUUUCCUACAGUAUACCCCCCCCCCAAAACUUUAUUUUUAUUCUUAAUAAGACCAUAAUCUUAGCCUUUCUAUACCUAAUAUAGGCCCUAGUCUAGCCUAAAAGUCUUAAUUUCAGCUAGUUCUAAGCAUCUUAUCAUUCACAUGUGCCAUUGCCUUCUACAGUAACGUCGGGAGUGUGUUUACCUAUGAUGGAAAGUAUUAUGGAGGAACCAGUUUUCUUGUCACUAGUGUCCUAUCAGCACCAAUUGGGCUGUUCGACGUUUGGUACUACUUGAACUUCAAAGAGGACGAAGAGCUUGAUGUCAGGACUACUCAGCUUGUUAGCAGCUUUUUUUGA